UGACGUCAUCCAGAUGCGCCGCAGUCAGUGGAGAUCAGGUGACAGGUCACAGUAACUCAGUUGAGCACUGUGGCAGCAGCACAGGCGAGCCGGGUCGAUUGUCAGAUGAAAUUCACCUUAAAUUUCUUUCAGGCUGGCUGUCUUUCAUCUCAGUAGGCGGGGUAGGACGGACGCAAAGAGCGGCAGAUAUGUCUUACUGCAGGCAAGAAGGUAAAGAUCGUAUUAUCUUUGUGACCAAGGAGGACCACGAAGCCCCCAGCAAUGCCGAGUUGAUUGCAGAUGAUCCGCAUGAUCCUUACGAAGAGCAAGGCCUCAUCCUGCCCAAUGGUGACAUCAAUUGGAACUGCCCAUGCCUCGGAGGCAUGGCCAGCGGACCUUGUGGCUCUCAGUUCAAGGAAGCAUUUUCAUGCUUCCACUACAGUAAAGAGGAAGUAAAGGGCUCUGAGUGCAUUGACCACUUCCGUAACAUGCAGGAGUGUAUGCAGAGGUACCCUGAGCUCUAUCCUCAGGAGGAAGACAAAGAAAGCUCCAAUCAGCCACAGGAGAAGUCUGCUUCUGACUCAACUGAGGGCCAUUCUUUAUCACCCCAAACAGACCCUGUUCCAGUAAGUUCACCUACAGAAAAUCAAACUGCCACCUAAGAGAUGCUGUCAUUCUGCAGGCUCUGAGAUCUGUGUUUGAAAGCACUGUAUUGCAAAGAGUUAUGCCCUCUCAUCGUGAAAAUCAAUAAAGAAGGCCUGCAUUGUGGUGACUUUCAUGGGUGCCGGCAAAAACAGACUUGAAGCAGAAAAGUUUACGGUAUUGUCUUGGUGAUUAUGUGCAACAAUUCCUGGGAGGUUCCAUGGACCUGGUCAAUGGAAAAAUAAACACAUAUUCCCAUGAGAAAAAAAAAUGUCACGAGCAUUUCCAUUCCCAAACGUUCUGUAUGACCUUACUUAUGGAAAUUGUGUUCAAAUACUCAUUCUUUUGCUGACAACCUGCACAAUAAAACACACGGAACAACUGC